CUUGCACAAGAUGGCCGCUUACACUGCUCCGUCCGUCAGCGUCAACGGCGUGGGCUGGGGCCCGACGUCGCUCCCCAAGCAGUUCGCCAACAUCCCGUACGCACCCUUCGGCAAGAGCGACAAGCUCGGGAAGGCCGCCGACUUCAUCAGCCAGAACAACCAGGCGAUCGGUCGCCCGGGCCGCUUCCAGCGCAGCAACGACCCGUCGGGUGUCAACGCCGAGUUCCAGUACAAGCACGAUGCGGUCGAGGACCUCUCGUUCCAGCUCGUCGACACGGCCAAGGCGGUCCGCAACAACACGCGUCUUCGCCCGACGUGGGGCCAGCAGCGCUUCCAGGCGAACCGCAACAACAACCGCAACAACCUUGCCAAGGACAAGGGCCUUGUCGCGCUCGAGACCACGACGCAGAUGAAGAAGGGCCAGCAGAAGCAGAACAAGCGCUGGGACCGCCUCAACACGGCGCGCCGCAUGUUUGGCAACAAGCGCCGCGACAACGACACGAAGGAACGCGUUGCAAGUGUGCAGGUCGACACGACGUGGAAGAUGAUCGAGCAGUUUGAGCUUGCGCAGCUCGUGAAGCUCCAGGCCAACAUCCCGGCCUCGGAGGACCUCAAGACGUGCGGCCAACUCCGCAAGUACGACGACACGUACGACCGCAUCACGACGCGCUUCGCCAAGACGCUCGGCCGCCACGAAGACAAGGAGUUCGUCUCGGUCACGACGACGGACGAUCCGAUCAUCGAGGCGCUCGCGACCGAGGGCGCCGCGACCGUCUUUGCCACGGACGCGAUCCUCUCGCACCUCAUGGCCUCGCCGCGCUCGGUCUACCCGUGGGACAUUGUUGUCCAGCGCGUCGGCAACAUGCUCUUCUUCGACAAGCGCGAGGCGUCGACGCUCGACAUGGUGACAGUCAACGAGACGGCGAUUGACACGCCGAACGCGGACGACCCGGACUCGAUCAACCACCCGGACCGCCUCAGCCUUGAGGCGACGCUCAUCAACCAGGCCUUUACGCAACAGGUGCUCAAGGCCAACGACGACUUCGUCAAGACGUUCGAGGCCAACCCGUUCAGCGGCGAGAACCUCGCGCCGAUCGCGUACAAGUACCGUCGCUUCCAGCUCUCGGAGACGGUCGCCAUGGUUGCGCGCUGCGAGCUCCACGCGAUUUCGACCAAGGGCGGCGCCGAGCAGACGGUCGCUGCCUUUGCGCUCAACGAGUGGGACCCGAAGCUCAGCGGCAGCGUCGAGUGGCGCAAGAAGAUUGAUCUCCAGCGCGGCGCGCUCCUCGCGACGGAGCUCAAGAACAACUCGUGCAAGAUCGCCAAGUGGACGCAUUCUGCGAUCCUCGCGGGCGCCGACCAGAUGAAGCUCGGCUUUGUCUCGCGUGCGAACGCCAAGGACCCGUUCAACCACACGAUCCUCGCGACGCAGAGCUACAAGCCUGUCGACUUUGCCUCGCAGACGUCGCUCAACCAGAACAACGCGUGGGGCAUCGUCAAGAUGCUUGUCGACAUCUUCCUCAACCAGCCCGAAGGCAAGUACGUCAUGAUGAAGGACCCCAACAAGCCCGUCGUGCGCAUCUACUCGGUGCCGCUCAACACGUUCGAUGACGAAGGCGACGACGACGAUGAGGAUGACGACGACGACGACGAUGACCAGGACGACGACGACUUGGACGACGAUGAAGACAACUAAAUGCAAGUAAUGUAGUAUUGACGAAGA